CCCGCCAUAGUCUCUGCACUGGGGCUGAGCACCGGUGUUGCAGUAUCCCCGACAGGUGACAGCUUGUCACCACUGGCAGCAGCAGCAGCAGAGAUGUACAGGCCGCGGGAAAAACGACAAGGACGAGUUGGACAUGAGCGACUGCCGGCGGCUGAUCUCGGAGGGCAAGCGUGUGGUGGCCAGGGAAUGGUGCAACGCGUACCUGCGCACACAGACAGAGACACUCCUGUGGAUGGGAGUGUGUGAGGGGGGGACUGUCUGCCUACUGUGCAAGGACGCUGUGAAGGCAGGAGAGCUCGUUGACAGAGAACCAAGGGUGCUGCUGCCCAGCCACCGGACUCUCCGUCGCCACAGAGCGGCCCUUGUUGAUGAGCGGCGCCCGGAACGACAGCAGGAUCUUAUCGACGUCCGCGUGUUCGGCGUCGUCAUUCCCCGCACCCAUGCCGUCUUCCUGCUCGUCUCCAACGUUGUACGCCAGCUUGGCACAUGCCUUCGGAGAUUCUCGCAGGUCCGAGAGAGCGUCACACAGGACGGCACAUAAGCGCUCGAAGUCGCCCACUGACCAACACAGAACAGACGGGGGAUGUUCGUGUUCGUGUGGCGUGACGUGGCUGAAUGCUUCUCCGCUGACAUGAUAUGCGCGCGUCGAUGUUGGCACGACUCAGCUUGUCAACCUCGUGGAAGCUGUCCAUCGGGCGUCUCACGGCGAACACGAGCAGCUUCGCGAGGAAGGUCUCGAGCUUGCAGGAGGCGUCCUUCAAGGCCUCGUGCACACCCGGCAGCUCCGUCUCAACCUCUCUGGCCACCCGCUUGAGCACGGCCGCGUACGUGUGGGGGUUGAGGAACAAAUCGUGAAGGUUCUCCUGUACACACGGACACAGAAGAAACACAGGGAUGGGAUGGACGGACCGCCCAAGGGGGGAGCCUCAGGGAAGUGCAGUCCUUUUCUUCCACACACCUUGAGGCACAGGUAGUGUCUCAGCUCAGGGGCGUGUUCGUCCCCCUCUUCGCCGGCCUGUGUGGGGCUCUCAGGUUUGGUCUUCGCCAGAGGGGGACCUGGUGAGUCCAGCAGCUUCCGUGAGCGCAGAGGCGAGGACGGAGAGCGUGAGAGAGGGGCGCAGAAGUGCAAGGGCAUCUUCUCGAUGUGAGGAGGAAGGCACAUGGUCGUUUCGGCCCGCCUCGCCUUAUUUGCCGACGCG